GUUUUGGUUACACCUCAAGUGUAUGCAAGAUGCUACAGCGAAAUACGUUGUUUUGGCACUUAUGGGGAAAACAACUGUUCUUUAAAAUAUUUGUAUAGCCCCGAUGAGUCAGAAUGGACGAAGAAGCUCAGAUAACAACAUGUGAUCUCUUGGACUUGCCUUGGGAGGAUAUACUUGUCCCGCAUAUUCUGUGCUACUUGCCUAUUCAACACCUCGUCAGCCUGCAGAGGGUGAGCAAGCAGUUUCACAGCCUCAUCCAGGUGUAUCUAGCAAACUGCAGGACUUUUGAUUUGUCUCCGAUUGGACCAUCCAUUCCCAAAGAAGCGUUUUGCUCCAUGUUAAAAGACAACAAAGUCCUCCACAGCCUGUCUCUGCAGAACUGCUCAGAUUGGGUGACGGACAAGGAGCUGCUGCCAGUUAUUGGUCAGAACCAGCAUCUGCAGCGAGUGGACAUGAGCGGGUGUGCUUGGCUCACCCGACACUCCCUGGUGGCCGUGUCCUUGAGCUGCAUGCACCUGCAGCACCUGGGCUUGGCGCACUGCGAAUGGGUGGACAGCCUGUCCUUGCGCAGCCUGGCCGACCACUGCAGGGGGCUCGAGUCGAUUGACCUCACUGCUUGCCGGCAGCUCAAGGACGAUGCCAUCUGCUAUCUGGCCAAGAAGUGUCUGAAGUUGAGGUCUCUAUCAUUGGCGGUCAAUGCAAACGUCACUGACGAGUCAGUGGAGGAGGUGGCCAAGAACUGCAGGGGCCUGGAGCAGCUGGACCUGACGGGCUGCCUGCGGGUCAGAAACCAGUCAAUCAGGACUCUUGCCGAGUACUGCCCCAAGCUGCAAUCCCUGAAGGUGAAUCACUGUCACAAUGUGACCGAGUCGAGUCUGGAUCCUCUGCGGAAGAGAAAUGUUGUCAUAGAUGUGGAGCCUCCUUUGCAGAGGGCGUUGGUGCUUCUUCAGGAUGUGCUGGGGUUUGCUCCCUUUAUCAAUCUCCAGAUAUAGGAUAAGAGCCAUCUAUCUGUGCAACAAGAACACACAGGUGUUUUUAUCAAAGCAGUCGACCUCAGCUGCAUCACAAAGACACGCGAGUUCAUCUUUAAAAUGUCUUAAAUGUUUCAAAAGAUUCCAAGAAGACCUGGAUGUAUUGCACUUAAGUUUGUGUUUAAAAUGAAAAUCCUCACUUGAAUGUGAAGAACUGAAAUCAAGUCUACUUUGAAAGUGACUGAAAAAAAGCCAUGAACUUUGAAAAAUCGCUGCCACAUGUCCAAAAGAUGUCACCGCUCUUUUUGUAAGUCAUAGUGUUGUAAUAAUGUCUUUAUAAAAGAGCAAUGAUGUUUGUUUUCAAAGUACAUAAUUAACUUUGUGUAUACAACUUCUUAUGAAAAACAUUUAUCUUAUGUUUCAUUUAGAAACAUUAAAAUAAUGUUUGAGUUUAAUUAAACAUAUCAUUUUGCAUGUACAUGCUAGUUUGAAGGAUAAUUCACCCAAAAUAUCUCCUUAGCAUUCUCCACGUUUUCCUCCUAUGCCUCACAGUACAAUGAAGGUAAAGCAGUGGUUAUUUCACAAAUCACAGUUAUUUAUCACUUAAAACUUUGACCACCUUUGUGUCUUUAUUACUUCCUGCAUGGCUGGAUGCCUCCAGAGAUUAAUGGGGAAGUAUUCAUUCAUGUAUGUUUUGUGAUGAGGGUAAAACUACCCUUUAAUCCACAUUGUUAAUAGCUUAAACACUUGUAUAUAGCCCAACAUACUGUAUGUUAAUAAUUGCAGGAAUUUAUCAUGUUUCCCCCUUUAACCCUUACAAUCUCUUUUUAAAAUGUACCUGCCCAGCUAUACAUUUUAUGAAAUAUUAAAUUGUUAAUACCAAGA